AAUAAACAUAUUACAGACAAGUAGCCUAAACGUCCACAUAUUUUUGACCAUACGGUGCAGCUGAGAUUGCAGUUCCUCUGCCACACGCUGGAUGGCGCUAUUAUGCAUAUUCCACUGGUCCAACACGAAAAUUCACCUCGUAAGAAACACGAAUGCACUUCACUAGUUCCGCAAAGAAAAAAAAACAGCUAAUGCAGUCCUGCUUUACAGGCAAUAUCUGACAUCGAUCAGUGAUCACCCGUAGGGCUGGAAACUGGCAUGUGUUCGGCAGUGUUGAAGCUUAACGUAGCCUGCAUCAGCAGCGACCAGUGAGACAGCGUCUGAACAGAAGAUAUGCGCAGGGUGUGAAUGUGCCGAUAGCCUGGUAGCAACCUCACCGGUUUGUGUUGUGGUGGUGAUGGAGAACAUCGAGGAGUCUGCGCCCCUCCGGAUCACCCCUACCGUCCGGGCGCUGAGCUCCGCACUACGGGGUAAGCGUGAAAAUGUCCCCGAUUCCAGCCGGGAAAACGGCGACAGGUUGUUCCCUGAACCGGAGAAGCUUUGGUUCAAGGAGAGCAGCGCUAAAAACCUGCGGAACAGGGACUUCUUGUCGCCGACCACGAUGCUCAACACGCUGUAUGCGGACGGACAGAUCCCACCAGCAGUGAUGUCCAGGGUCCUGUCCCUCCGUGGCAGUGGGGUUCUCCCUGUGGCUGGUGGGGAGGUAAUGGGUGAGGGCUUGAGGGUGAGGGUGGACCGGGCCGCAGCAUUCAGAGCUGUCCUGGCAGACGCAGCUACAGAGUACCUGAAGCCCUCAAGUCAGAGGCAAGGCUGUGUGGUGCUCAACUGCCCUGCGCUGCACUCUAAACCCAACACACCCACUCCUGAUACACUGACUCUGGGCCAGCUGAGGACUGUUCUGUUGGCUGACCACAUGGGGGCGCUGUUGAAGAAGACAGGGGUGAGUCAAUAUGCAGUGUCCUAUUGCCCCACACUUCCCGAAGACAGCGACAUCAUCACCUUUCUCCAAGCUCUGGGCAUUGAUUGGCCGACAGCUCCAGCCAACUGGACCAAUGAGGAGCGUGAGGAGAAGAUUCAGGAGGCGCUGGAGAACUCUCCAUAUAAAGAGAGAGAAACCGAGAGAGGCAGGAGGACCAGCGGAGGGGGAGGAGGAGGAGGAGGAGGAGGAGGAGGAGGAGGAGGAGGAGGAGGAGGAGGAGGAGGAGGAGGGAGGAAGGCGGAGGAAGGGGAGAACGAGGAAGCGCUCAGGGUCAACCUGAAACGAGUGUUCCAGGAGGAGGGGUUGCUGGGAUACGACCCCAGCCUUGGCACCUGUACAGUGCACAGAGACAGUGUUUCCCACCUGGCGCAACUGGACCGAGCCACUGCCGACUGCACAGUAGCCAUGGCAACAGCGUUACAUGUGACUUCCUGUCAAGAUGAGUUCCGCCAGCAGCAGAUAGCGGUGCUGUGGAGAGCCAGUGGAGCGACACACACACAGAGACAUCUGGUGUGUGGGCCGGUGAAGACUCCUGGUUCUCACCUCACUGCUGCACAGUAUCUGCAGCUGAGAAGAGGUCAGAUGAAGGAGGCCUCAGAGAUGAAGUAUGGAGAUCAAGUAGAAGGUCAGACGUGGGAUGACAUCAUCAGGGUCAUGACCUCUGCCACUGUCAGAUUUGAGCUGCUGUCAACGGUCCACACCAGUCCUGUGACACUGGACGUCCAGAGGGAAGGGGGCGUGUCCACCAAAGGGCCGAGAGGAGGCGUGUUUGUGAUGUAUAACUGCGCCAGACUGCACACUCUGUUCGACAGCUACGAGAGAGGAGUGGAGAAGGGUCUUUACCCAGAAAUCCCUGACGGCUCCCAGCUAGACUUCUCUGCUCUGAAAGAAGAGGGCGAGUGGCUUCUCCUGUUCAAUUACCUCAUUCCAUUCUCCGAGCUGCUGGACCAAUCAGGACAAGCGUUAGACUGUGAAGGGGGAGGGGCCAGAGUCAAUAUUAAGACUGAACAGAUCUGUAAAUUUCUCGUGUCUCUCAGUAAAGACUUCAGCUCGUACUACAACAGAGUCCAUGUGCUGGGGGAGCCGUUGCCUCAUCUCUUCAACCAGAUGUUUUGUCGUCUGCAUCUGUUGAGAGCGUUGAGAGAGCUCUACCACAGCGCCCUGGACACCCUUAACCUUCCCCCCAUCAGGCAACUAUAGCCUUGACAUAAUUUACUCAUCCUGGGAUCUCUGUUGGCGCUGCCUCCCCACCCACCUCACACAAACACACACAUUGGCAUAUGUUUUGCCAUUGUAGCUUCAUCACGUACACACUUCCUUUCGCAGUGAAAAUGUAUUCAACUAAGACACACUCCCUACAGCACAGUCUGUGGCCAGUACAGUCGAUCAUGAGGUUGUUUUACAUGUCCACUGUCAGAUUACUGUAGCUGGACAUACUGGUAAAAUAUCAUAAAUCAAGUGAUGUGAUGUCAGUUAAAUCUCAACUCUGGACAUUGAGUUGAGUUUGAUCCGGGCAGAUUGGUUUUCCUGAGCUGUUUGUAUGUUAAAGUACUCUCAUGUGUUUCUUACUGAGCGUUAGAGGAGAAGAUUGAUACCACUCUGAUGUCUGUACAGUAAAUAUGAAGCUACAGCCGGUUAGCUUAGCAUAAAGACUGUACGCAGGGGAAACAGCCGGUCUCUGUCCAAAGUUAACAAUGUCCUGUCUGGUCAUUUAUAUAAAAACAGAAGUGUAAAAACAUUUGGUGUUGGACUAUUUUGUGACUGGGAUCAGUUGCCAGGAAGGUAGCAGGAAGUUAAUGGUCCCAGUCGAGAAAUAGUCCGACACACAACCCUCCUUAAAACAAUGAAUUGUUGUUUUAUACUUUGGUUUUUGUACGUAUUGAACAAGAAUAUUAAACAACAACGAGAAUCCAAAUAUUGUCAUAGUGCUAUUGACUUUCAGCUGCUCAUAUUUACUGUACAUGUAUGAAAGUUGUCUCAUUAGUUGAUCAAUCUCAUCCGCAAAACUCUCUGUAAGAAAGCAAAUAAGCAUAUUUCCCAAAAUGUGAAACUCUUCCUUAAGUUUGGCCAAACUACAGUGUUUCAAUUUGCAAAGGUGGGAUGCUUUUUCAGUUGAAGCCCUACUUUGUCAUUUUCAAUUCUGCUCUUAUGAUGCGACCAAACAGGACACGUAUAAGACCUUUGACCAAACAACCCACACAACUGAACCACACAACACACUUUACUCUGGUUUUGGUGCAAAAAGUAUAGCAGUUGUCCUGAAAAAUUAAAAAUGUAACGUAAAAUGUCCGAACUGAUAUUGUAAUAACAUUUUUACUUAUGAUUUAACACCUUUUUAUAUUAUUGGGAAGAUUUUAGUUUAAUGCAUCUUUGCCUGAGAACAACAUAAAACGUGCCAUCAUGAAAUCAGUAAUGUGUUCAGCAGGCUAACAUGACAAUAACAGUAUUAUACAUUUUGUAUACUUGCACAUUUUCUAUUACAUUAUCUGUUCAAAUUAUUACAUCCUCAGUUUUGGAGAAAAAAAAGGCCCAACUGUAAGAUUUUACAUUAUUGGUAUAAAUGUUACAAUAUCAGUCAGAACAUUUUAUUACAUUAUUGGGUUUUAUUACACUUCUGAUAAGAUUAAGUGCAAAUGAUUACAUUUUCAGGAAAUGAUUACAUUAUUGGGUGCUACACAGUCCAUCUAAACUGUAAUACGACUCAUAAACUUUCUAAAUUGUUUGUUACAUUUUUUAUCACAGUAGCCCCCCCCCCCCCCCCCACAUGAGUGUGUUAGUCACUGCCUGAAAAGUUUUUUUUUGCUUUUAAUAAGCCUUGUGUUACCCACCUUGUAUUUAUCAAUGCCACACAAAUAUUUAUUGUCAUUUAAAAAAAAAGAGUACAGACUA